AUGGAGCCUCUGCGGGUACUCGAGCUUUACAGUGGGAUAGGAGGGAUGCAUUUUGCUUUAAAAGAGAGUGGUAUACCUGCCCAAGUAGUGGCUGCCGUUGACAUAAACACCACUGCCAAUCAGAUUUACAGUCACAAUUUCCCUGGCACUCCCCUCUGGAACAAAACCAUUGAGGGCUUAACACUAGAUGACUUCAAUAAAUUAUCUUUUGACAUGAUUUUGAUGAGCCCUCCUUGCCAGCCUUUCACCAGGAUAGGACUCCAGGGUGACAUUGCUGACCCCAGAACCAAGAGCUUCCUCUACAUUCUUGAUCUUCUGCCAAGGCUGUGCAGGCUGCCCCGCUUCAUCCUGCUGGAGAAUGUGAAAGGCUUUGAGAGCUCUUCUGCCAGGGGACGUUUGGUGACAACACUGAUAAAAUGUGGAUACACUUUGCAGGAGAUCAUGGUGUCACCCACAAGUGUGGGGAUCCCAAAUUCAAGACUGCGUUAUUUCCUGAUGGCUAAGAUUUCUACAGAAAAAGUUUGCACCCAGAUAAGUUCAAAGUCUUGCUCCUGUGUAGGAGAUAAGAUUUCUUCAGAUGCUAUAGAAACAAAGCACCUUCCUCUUCUGAACCUGAAUUUUGAAGCCUUCCGACAUGCCGCUGAGAGUGAUUCUACUGAGCAGCCCACCGUCCUGAGUCUUCCCCAUCCAGAUGCCUGCCAGUUGGAAAAAGAAAUGCAAGGAUGUCAUGUCCUUUUUAAACUAGAGACAACAAAGGAUGCCCAGAGAAAGAUGAAUCAGAACAGGGACCUGUCUGUCAGGCAGAUCCAAGACUUCCUGGAACCUCAGAUGGAAGUACACAUGGAACACUAUCUCCUUCCACCUAAAACAUUGUUGCGUUAUGCUCUGAUCUUGGACAUUGUUCGACCCACAUGCAGGAGGUCUGUCUGUUUUACCAAAGGUUAUGGGAGGUAUGUGGAGGGAACUGGCUCAGUACUGCAGUGCUGCAUGGAAACAGAGUUGGAGAGUGUGUUCAGAGGUCUGGACCAGUACACUGAAGAGGAGAAACUGCAGCAGCUGUUGAAACUGAAGCUGCGUUACUUUACUCCCAGAGAAGUUGCCAACCUCAUGGGCUUUCCUCAAAACUUCUCCUUCCCAGAGCAGAUCCAUACAAAGCAGCGGUACGGAGUUCUAGGAAACAGCCUGAAUGUUGUGGUGGUGGCCAGGCUCCUGCAGCUGCUAGUCUCCUAGCUCUUGGGACACUCUGGAGGAAGAGACCCCUCAGUCCUUGUGGAUUAUAAUACAUGAUGCUUUCUGCCCAAUGGCUAUGAUUGACAAUUCUUGUUGGGGAUGUCAACUGGUCAAAAUAUACUUUAUAAUGACAUCCCUACUGAACAGUGUAAAUGACAUGUUUCCUACGUGUAUCUUCCAACAGUACAUAUCUAUUUUGACAGAAUGUGAAUAUAUUUGUUUU